AUGUUCAUGGAGACGACGCUCAAGUUUGUGCCUCCUGGAGGCUACCGGGCCUGCGCCAACUGCGCAGCCUCCAAGGCCAAGUGCAUACGGCCUGAUGAUGGCAACGGCACGGGAAAGUGCGAGAGGUGUCAGAGGCUAGGCAAGGAGUGCCACAUCAACCCCAGGGCCAAGAAGAAGCGCCGUUUGGCAGAUCCAAAUGUACCGCCAACACCACAACAGAACGGAGAUCUUGCCAGGAGCUCCUCGUCGAGUACACCGAGAGCUCUUCAACCGAAACAACCUCCGAAGAAGCAACCACCGCCACCUCUUCCGCUGACAGACGGUGACAUUGACCCCGUCUUUGCAGAGUUGCAGAUCUCAGAUUCCCAGGCCGAGGAUAUUCUGCGCCUGUUUCGUCAUCGGCAAGAGUUCUUGACUCCGUUUGUUGAGCUUGCGCCCAAUGCGACGGCGAUGUAUCUGCGGAGAGAAAAGCCCAUGAUCUUCCUCGCUAUCAUGAUGGCGUCGUCAUAUCACGAUCUUGAACAACAGAACAGACUCACGCGCCUACUAAUGGCUUACAUCAGCGAGCAGCUGUUCAAGAAGGGUUGCAAGAGUCUACAGCUUCUCCAGGGUGUGCUGGUCUUUGCGAAUUGGUACGGCUCCCAAAUCUUUGUCAGCCCUCAGAUCACCAAUCUGCUGCACGUCGCGAUGGCUCUCACCACGGACCUUGGUCUAGAUAAGGCGCCGACGCCCAUGGAGCGGUUCUCCACUCGCGCUUUGCAGCAACCGCAUAGCCCUGAGGGCAGUGGCCACACGAUCGAGGAGAGAAGAGCGCUCGUGGCCUGUUUCUACCUCAGUUCCACCAUCUCGACGAGCAUCAACAUGCUUACAGCCUUGCAGUACUCGGCCCAGGUCGAGGAAGCUUGUAAGCUCUUUGAGCGGAGCGACCCGCUCAGCCAGGAUCACCGGUUGGCGAAAUUGGCGAGGCUCCAGUAUAUCACCUCGAAGAUCUACCAGAUGCAAAAGGAUGCAGAUCUGGGUGGUGACCACAAAAUCGUUGUUCCAGGGUUCAUCAGGAAUUUCCGAGAUGAGCUUAACAACUUUUGGAAUAGUUUACCGGAGGUGUUGAAGAAUGAUAUAUCAAUCAUCCUGAGCUAUCACACAGCCGAGAUCCAUCUGUACAAGAUCUCCCUGACCGACAGCCCGCCUAUCUCGCCCGCCGACGCCGUUCACAGACUCUCACCGGCACAGGAGGAGUUGCAGUGCAACUGCCUCUUCGCCCUGCGCGCCUUCUUCAAGGUCUUCUUCACCUUUGACAGCUCCGAGUACUUCAGCAUCCCCAUGGCCCUGUUCGUCCAGCUCGCCCACGCCGACGUCACCCUCGCCAAGCUGACCUCGCUCUGGUACGGCCGCCGCUGGCCCGACCGCUGCACGCCCGACAUGCUGGCCUUUGGCGACGUCAUGGAGCGACUCGCCCUGCGGCUCGAGGAGGCCAAGGACCGCGAGCACCCGUUCGGCUGGCGCAUGCGCAACACCGUCUUCGACCAGUGGGCCGAGCGCAUCCGCUCCUUCAAGGCGCUCGACUUCGCGGCCACGGCGCCCCCCAAGCCGCCGAGCCGCGUGCCCACGCCCGCCAACGCCAGCGUCGUCAUGGCGGGCCCGCCGCCGCCGGUUCCCAACGUGGGCCCGCCGGAGCCGGCGGAGGCGAUGCAGGCCGACUGGGCGGCGUGGUUCGACACGGUCAGCGCGUCGUGGGUCAGCCCCACGGAGCUGGCGGGCGCGGCGUGGCCGGACGCUACCUUUGCGACGUGGGAUAUGGAUGGGGCUGCUGGUAGGACGGGCGAGUAUUCGUAG